AUAGAAGAAACAACAAAAAACGUUUUCAUUUUGUGAAUAAUACAAGAAAAUUUCAACAAAACACAUAAUUUUUCAUUAAAAACUUAAAAAAUUUCAUAAAAAACAUGACUACAGCUGCUAGACCCACAUUUGAUCCUGCUCGAGGUGGUAGUGGUAAAGGAGAGAAAGAUUUAAGUGCUUUAAGUAAACAAUAUUCCAGCAGAGAUUUGCCUGGUCACACAAGAUUGAAAUACAGAGAAACUGGUCAAGGUACCUCCGAUGAAUUGCGUGCCCGUGAUUUCCGUAAAGAAUUGGAAGAACGCGAACGUGAGGUCAGACCCAAUAAAAAUUUACCCUCUAUAGUGCGCAAAGCCAUAGAAGCCAAUAACUCGUCAAGCACAACGGGAGGCUCUAGCAGCAAAAGGGCAAAAUUAGAUCAACCAGCAGCACCAGUCAAUUUAGAUGCUGAUGAUCCGAUAGAUAAUGAUUCCUCUGACAGCGAUUCCGACUCAGAUGAUGAAGAUGACACUGCUGCCCUAUUGGCGGAAUUGAAUAGAAUCAAACAGGAACGUUUGCAAGAGUCACAACGUAAAGAACAGGAAAAGAAACAAGAGGAAGAGCGUAUACGUAUGGAAAACAUAUUAUCGGGUAAUCCUUUGAUUAACUAUGCUGCUGGCUCCGCGGCCACUGCAGCUAAUACAAAGACUACUGAUCUAAAGGUUAAACGUCGUUGGGAUGAUGAUGUUGUAUUCAAGAAUUGUGCUCGCACUGAACCGGAGAAGAAAUCACAUUUUAUUAAUGAUUCUUUGCGUAGCGAAUUUCAUAAGAAAUUUAUGGAGAAAUAUAUUAAAUAGAGGAUUUCUAAAGGUGGGACAAUGAGGACGUUUUUUUUUCUUUUCUACUAAAACAUAUUAUAAGAUUUAAUUGAAGUACAAGUUAUCGUAAUAAAUUUUAAACAUUAUUAUAUAAAUUUCGAAACUUCUGAUUCUAAUUAAUGAAAUAAAUAAUAAUAUUUUUAAUUUUGGUAUUUUAACUGAUUAUUAAAGAAACAUUUACUAUGUUAAUUUUUUUAAGUUUAAAAACAAUUAGAAAAUUGUGCAAAAACAAUUAGCAGAUUUUAUGAAGAUAUUUACAGACUUAUUUAAAGAAGCAAGAAAUUUUAUUUAAAAACCAAUAAAUUAAUAAAUAUAUUUUACUCACCUAAAA